UUGUCAUGUGUGGUGCUGGUCAGCUGGGAUCCUGCAGCAGGACACGCCUCUGGGCUGAAUGGAGUGCACCGUGCGUAAAGUUCGACCUGCAGUGGAGCUAAACUUUAUUACUUCGUUUCACGGUUUUAAUAAGUAUCUAAUCGACAUUAUUAGUCCGCUUAUAGUUGAUUAAAUGCAGCGAUGGCGCGAGAGGGAGAUCUCAUCCGGAUUGCGAGGAAACUGGACAAGAUGGUGUCUAGAAAUAACACGGAAGGUGCCAUUGACCUGCUGACUGAACUGAAAGGUUUUAAUAUGACACUCAAACUUCUCCAGGAAACGAGGAUCGGCAUGUCUGUGAAUGGUAUCAGGAAACACUGUACAGACGAAGAAGUCGUUGCCUUGGCAAAGGUUCUCAUUAAAGACUGGAAAAGACUUCUGGACUCUGGCCAUUCUCAUUCUGAGAAACAGACUGAAAAGAAGAAUGGCUUGGAUUCCAGCAAAACGGCAGCGUCUCCAGACGGCUCACCCUCCGAGACACACAGCAGGAAAGACUCGUCGGAUAACAAAGUGCCUAAAAAACAUUCAGAUGAAGCCAAGAGAGAAAGGAAAAAUUCCUCUGACUCUAAAACUCCACCCCCCAAAAAGCUCAGUUUGGAUGUCAAAAAAGAAAAACACAGGAAGGAGUCAUGUGACUCGAAGCCCAGCCAACCUGUGAAACGUUAUUCAACUGACUCCAAACCUGACAGGCGGGAGUCGACUGACUCAAAGAAAAGCAGCUCACCACCAGCUAAGAAGCUAACAGGUGAAAGGAGAGAGUCCAACGGGUCCAAGACCUCUCAGCCUGCACUUCUGCAGAGGAAGCCCUCAACUGAUAGCAUUGAAAGAAAGGUUAAAACCGAUGCCCCAAAAACACCCACAAUCCCAACCAGCCCCGUGUCACCCAGCUUCAGCUCUGCUGGGGCUCCACUGUCCCCUCACUUGGCUACUGGAAAUUCCAUCAGAGAUAAGUGCAUUGAGAUGCUGGCAGCUGCCCUGCGCACAGACGAUGAUUACAAAGAAUUUGCAGCGAACUGUGACGGCAUGGCAGCAGAGAUCGAAGAUCAUAUUUACCAGGAGAUAAAGGCUACUGAUAUGAAAUAUAAGAACAGAGUCCGCAGUCGCAUCAGCAACUUGAAGGACCCCAAGAACCCUGGGCUUCGCAGAAACGUACUAGCAGGGAGCAUCGAGUUGAGCCGCAUUGCCGCCAUGUCUGCUGAGGAAAUGGCCAGCGAUGAGCUGAAACAGCUGAGAAACGUUCUCACCCAGGAGGCCAUCAGGGAGCACCAGAUGGCCAAAACUGGGGGCACCACCACUGACCUGCUGCAGUGCGGCAAGUGUAAGAAGAAGAACUGCACCUACAACCAGGUGCAGACACGUAGCGCUGAUGAGCCAAUGACCACAUUUGUCCUGUGUAAUGAAUGUGGUAACCGCUGGAAGGUAAGUUCUUUCCUUGGCCUAAAUCAUAUCAGUGUACUUUAAAUAUUAUAAAACUUCAUUAAUAUUUU